GUUUACGUCAAACAUGUUUAAAGUUUCAUUGGGUUUCGUUAUAUUAUUUCAAGACGUGCAUUUAAAAAACUGUUUAGUUCAUUUGCUGCUUCAAAUUUAUAAUAGCUUCCGAAAAUGAACAUCCACGACACGUUGAUUGCAAAGUAUACCGAGCAUCGGAAAAUUCACGAUCAGUUCUUACAACUAUUCCAUAAUCUGCAAGAAACAGCUGCGAAAAUGCAGGUUCUUGCAUCAGAUGUGACCCUACGUUACGACGAUAUAUUUUUGCAUUUAAAAACACGUAACCGAACACCUUCACCACCGCCUUCAAACAAACGCCGUAAAGCGCGAUCUUACGAUUCACCCUCAUGUGCUGUACAACACGAUGAUGCUGCGGCAAUUCGCAACAAAUCCGACCCGGAGCUAUCCAGUUCCAUACUGAACCAAAACGUUAACCUGCCGGAUUCGGAUGAUUCGUUCUUCGUGUUAACUCAAAGCCCUUCCCGAGAUCCCUUAUCGCCCAAAUUCCCCUCCUUUCAGAGAGAAAAUAUUCAACAAACGCCUCCAAAGAAAAAUCCGCUUAAGUCGGUGCCUUACCCAGACCCUGCUUCAAAAGAGGCCAAGAAACCACUAGUUUCUGAAGCGAAGCAUAAAAAAAAGCACAGCUUGUCUUUGAACCGAUUUUCCUCCACCUUCCAAUCAUCUCCUGAGUCAAGCAGACAAAUUGAACAACUCCCAAUGCGCCAGAAGAUGGUCACCCCAAAAGCUAUAGCUUCCGGUAGACCGGAACAACAAGGCAGCGUGAUCCCAGCCGGCAAAUGGACGGUGAAGAAAUGUACACCAGGAAGUUUGGGAAAGAUGGGUUCCAGCGCACGACGGACACCAACCAGUACAAAGAAGGACAACAUGUUAAAUAGAACAAGACUGCGCCAAACUAGGCUACGAUUUCCCGAUAACCUUAAUAAGUCAACAGUGGAUGAUGACGAAACCUAUUUCGACGAUUUUGUUAUACCAAGUCCAGCCGCUUUCAGCAGUUCCCGUUUUCUCAAGAGCGUCAAGAAAAAGGAACAAUCUUCCCUAGUUGUUAACAAAUCUAAAGUAGAAAAUCCACAAGAAGAUGAUUUUGAUAUCGAUCAGACCUAUUUCUCGGAAGUGGAAAAAGACCUGAAUCGAAAAGUCGGUAAUAGUUCAACAACAGGACCUGCACCCUAUGUCAAAACGGAACCUAUCAACGAGAAAAAACCAUCAUCGGAAGAAAAAUUGCUCGUUUUGGCUAAGGAAACCCAGCCGCAAGAGGAUGCUGACACGAGCAGCGUUCUUUUCGUGAAACCACCACCGGAAGAAGUCAUUGUCAUAAGUGAAACACAACCACACAAAAAUGACCUGUUUAUGGAAGCUAUCCGAGAGCAACGUCGCAAGCAGCAACAGUCAUGUCAAUCCGUGUUGAACGUCGACGGAACAGGACAGAGGAAUCCGCUUGCUCCUAAAAAUACAGUGCCUCCACCAUCUAUCGACCGAGCUCUACCAACGGUUCGGCGUUGUUCCGAGUGUUCUAAGCAUUACAAGUUUUUAGUCCACUGUGGUCUGCCGAUGGAUGUGAUCCGUGCAAAAAUGACCCGAAAUUGCCGCGAGUGCAGAAACGUACAGUUGCAUGAGACGCCGGAUGGUUUUUGGAACCCGGAAUUCUCGCCGUCUCCGUAAUAAUUGAUAGAAAUAAUAAGCUUAAUUAGGGGUAUUGUUGGGUGCCAUGUUACGUAUGCUAAGUAAACUGAAAUAUAUUCAUGAAUUGUAAUAGUA